CACAUUAACGACCAGUGACCAUAUAUGUCCAUAUGUAUACCACAACCAGUAACUACUAGUACUCCUACUCCAUUUAAAUCAACAAGAGCCACCAAUUUUUUCUGUUCCUCUUCAAUGGAGCUUCAAUCCCUUAAUUUUACUCUCCAUCAAAUCCCCAAUCUGCAAACCCUAUUUCCUAUUUUCCACACUUCCUCUACACUACUACUCCGCCGGUUCCGAUGCCGGCGAAGAGUACCGAUCACCGACAUUCGCGCUUCAGCAGCUGAGAAGGAUUUACCGGCGACAGUGCUUGAGCAACCUGGUGGUAAAAUGGUGGUUGAGUUGGUCGGAGCUUUUAAUGAGCUUACGGAAAGAAUGAACUACAAUGCUUUAUCCACAAGUUCCUCUCGUAUACUUUUUAAGGCUUUGAAACUUUCUAUUCCUAUAUUGCAAACUCUACCUCUUUCUCCUGAUGGAAGGUCUCCUCUUUCUAAGGCUUUGUCUGUUGCUGUUCUUCUUGCCGAUCUUCAGAUGGAUGCAGAGGUAAUUGCUGCAGGCAUACUGAGGGAGGUUUGGGAGGCUGGAGCGAUUUCCUUACAUGAAGUUAGGGAUCAAAUAGGUAGUGGCACUGCCCAUUUAUUGCAUGAAAGCCUACGUGUGAAAAAAGCACCUUAUAGAGCUGAGCUUCUGGAUGAUAAUAAUGCUGCUGCAAUAAGGAGGUUCUGUCUGACGUAUUAUGAUAUCCGGGCUGUUGUAUUAGAUCUUGCAAUAAGGCUAGAUAUGAUGAGACAUAUUGAUUACCUUCCUAAAUAUCAGCAGCAGAUUAUAUCUCUUGAGGUCAUGAAAGUACAUGCUCCGUUAGCUCAUGCUGUAGGCACAUACCUCUUAUCAUUGGAGCUAGAGGAUUUAUCAUUCAGAUACUUGUUUCCUUCUUCUUACCUAUACGUUGAUGCUUGGUUGAAAGGUCGUGAACAGAGUAGUAAGGAUUUGAUAGAGGCUUGCAGACAGCAUUUACUUGAGGCUUUGAGUUCAGAUCCAUUGCUGCAGAGUAUGGUUGAUAAUAUUUCAGUCAAAGGUCGUUAUAAAAGCCGUUACAGCACGAUGAAGAAGCUUCUAAGAGAUGGUCGUAGACCUGAGGAGGUAAAUGACAUCAUUGGCUUGAGAAUAGUGUUGAAGCCCAAGCCUGAUACGACUGAAAUGGGAGAGAAGGCGUGCUAUAGGACUCGAGAAAUUAUCCAAUCUUUAUGGAAAGAAUUGCCUCAUAGAACAAAAGACUAUAUAGCUAAACCAAAAGCCAAUGGGUACAAGAGCUUACACAUGGCUGUUGAUGUUAGUGAUGAUGGGAUUGCAAUACCACUUAUGGAAAUACAGAUACGCACUGCAGAAAUGGAUUUGUUAGCAGCUGGUGGUACUGCAUCCCAUUCAUUGUACAAAAGUGGGCUCACAGAUCCCAAAGAGGCUAAACGACUCAAGGCCUUAAUGGUGGCUGCGGCAGAGUUGGCAGCGUUACGUCUUAAGGACCUUCCAUCUGUGUACCAUAGUAACUCAGAGAUUCAUCACAAAGAUAGAGUAUUUUAUCUCCUGGAUAAAAAUGGUGAUGGUAGGAUUAGCAUUGAGGAACUGAUGGAAGUGAUGGAAGAACUAGGUGCGGAACGGGAAGAUGCACAAGAAAUGAUGCAACUUCUUGAUUCUAAUAGUGAUGGUUCCCUGAGCUCUGAUGAGUUUGAUUCUUUCCAGAAACAGGUUGAGCUGAUGCGCAACAUAGAUGAUCGAGAUGAACAAUAUAAAAUUAUGCUCGAGGAGAAGGUUCCCAUGGCAGAUGAAAGUGGCUUAAUCCAGAUAUACAGGAAAGAGCUUUGCAAUGGGGUCGCUCUUAGUUAGCCACACAAUGCGUGUAUAUUUAUUAGGUAAAAUCUGUACAGCUUCAGAUCGAGUUGAUGAGUUAUACUUUGUAGUUUGCAAUAUGUAUAUAGUAUUAACAAGUAAGAAUGCACAAAAUUUGCAUGUAGAACUGUAUUUAAAUGUCAGGAAUCCUGCUGGUUCCUCAUAAAUAUUGAAAUCAUUUGCUAGUAAAUAUUCUCUCGUAUUAUCAACAAUUA